CCAACUCUCUCACUUUCUCACUCUCGCUCUCUCUUUCGCUCUCUCUCCCUUGCAUACUCACGCACUCGCCACUCAAGUGGUGGAGCUUCUGUGGCAGCCGCCGGAGCAGGACAAGCAGGAUUUUGCUUGCACAUUUUGGACUCUUUGGCCAUGCGCGAAAAGGAGCUUCUCUGCGUGGGCACAGCGCAUUGAGAGGGAACUCGCAAGUCCCUUUUUGUGCUUUUGAUUGCGUGGAAUAAUCAAAAAAGCUGUUUUGGGAGUCUUUCGGGAGCUUAAUGGGCUUUUGACGUGAGACACUUUGAACCGGCUGGAAUACUACAAGUUGUCAUUUUGGACGGCGUCCUGCGAGGACCUUGCACGGGCGCAGAGGGCCCUUAUUGCCGGGCACCUUUUUGGAAAGAGCCCGUGUGUUUCCAUGCAGCUCUGUCAGCCAGUGCGACUGUUUCACCGUGGCUUCAAGUCGUCCCAUUGGUAACCAUGACAACCGAGAGGAGCCCAAAGUGAAUCCAAGGGGGGCGUCCGUCCGAGGCGUCAUCUUCUCGAUCGAAGACUUUUUGGGGGGUUAUUUUUAAAACUCAACUCCUCGCCGGCACCAGACCGAAGCGGUCUAUUUAAAGUGCCGCCUGUGAGUGAACUUGUGAAAUAUAUGAAGCGUCAGGCUGUUCCCCUGAAGUAGAAGUGUCGUUUACUGCGCGUCAAAGUCCAAGAGGAAGAAUCAUGGGCAGCUCUCAACCGCCGGUGCUCCUCUACAUGCUCCUGUGCGUCCACGUUGGAGUGUGCCAGCACUACCUACGCCUCCGUCCUUCCCCCAGCGAUCACCUGCCCGUGCCCGAUCUCAAGGAGGACCCCGACCCGGAUUACGACCCCCGGGAGCAGGACUUGUCCGAGAGGACUCUGAGGAAAAAGCUGGGCAGCCACUUUGACCCCAACUUCAUGUCCAUCGGCGCUCCGGUGGUGGGCAACCACUCGGCGCCUGACGUCAAGCUGCAGGGGCCCAUGCCCAACGAGAUCAAGAAGCUGGAGCUCACCGAGACCCCCUACGGGAAGCGCGUCAAGGUGGGCAAGAAGGCCAGGAGGAAAUUCCUCCAGUGGCUGUGGACCUACACGCACUGUCCCGUGGUGUACACCUGGAAGGAUUUGGGGGUGAGGUUCUGGCCGCGCUACAUUAAGGAGGGCAACUGCUUCUCGGAGCGCUCCUGUUCCUUCCCCGAGGGGAUGUCUUGCAAACCUGUCAAGUCCAUCAACAAGGUUUUCCUCCGAUGGUACUGCCAAGGCUUUUUAAGACAGAAAUACUGUACGUGGAUACAGGUGCAGUACCCAAUCAUCUCAGAGUGCAAGUGCUCGUGCUGAUCCCGUCGCGGUGGUGGUGGGGGCUGCGUGGAGUGGACUGGUUUCUAUUGCACUGUUAACUCUCGACAGAGGUGGGCACCAUAGCAAAUUUAUUUUUUUAUAUAGCAUUUUAAAGUGAAAUACCAACCUUGUACAUAUUUAAGAGGAAUGCAGCUAUUUUUUUCUAAUUGAACCAGGACCAUAUUUUAUUCUCAACCCGGAGACGGUUUGGGUGGAAGGGGCGGGGACAGCAGCACUUCAUAUGGAAGAGCUUUUUUUCCCUAAGAGACAUUGAUGAUGCAUAUGCUACACCUCUCCAAGAGGUGAACUUUUCUCUUUUUUUUGUUUUCAACUGACUGUUAUUUCACUGCAAUGCUGCCUAGAGUUUUUUGUAUAUUAUCAAUAUUAAUUAAGUUGUAAAAAAAUAAAAAUGGAAAAAAAAAACUGAAGUUGAGGUUAAAGAUUAUAUAUAAAGGCGUGAACUCAGCUUUUUUUUCUCUUUUGGGAAUACAUAGUAUUGUAGAAAUAAACAAAUCUGUACGUUUUAUUUAUUAUUUUAACGGUUGUGAGUAUAGAACAUAAGGACAGAGAUUAGCAGAGUAUACCAGAAAAAAAAUAUGGGAGAUGUCUACUUGAAUUAUCAAAAAAAAUGACACAAAAAUAAACAACUGAA